AUGGUUAAUAACAAACCUGUGGAUGCACCCUGUAAAAAUGGCGUGGUAACAGCCCUAUGGAAAUUAUAUGCGAAACCAAAUGCCAGUGUUGAAAACAUAAGUGAUACUGUUGAAACAAUCAUGUUUGCUGGUAAUAAGUUUGUUGGUGUUAAGCUUGGUGGUAUUAAGUUUGGUGGUAUUAAGUUUGGUGGUAUUAAGUUUGGUGGUAUUAAGUUUGGUGGUAUUAAGUUUGGUGGUAUUAAUUUUGCUGGUAUUAAGUUUGGUGGUAUUAAUUUUGCUGGUAUUAAGUUUGGUGGUAUUAAGUUUGGUGGUAUUAAGUUUGGUGGUAUUAAGUUUGGUGGUAUUAAGUUUGCUAGUAUUAAGUUUGCUGGUAUUAAGUUUGGUGGUAUUAAGUUUGGUGGUAUUAAGUUUGCUAGUAUUAAGUUUGCUGGUAUUAAGUUUGGUGGUAUUAAGUUUGGUGGUAUUAAGUUUGGUGGUAUUAAUUUUGCUGGUAUUAAGUUUGGUGGUAUUAAUUUUGCUGGUAUUAAGUUUGGUGGUAUUAAGUUUGGUGGAAUUAAGUUUGGUGGUAUUAAGUUUGGUGGUAUUAAGUUUGGUGGAAUUAAGUUUGGUGGUAUUAAAUUUGGUGGUAUUAAGUUUGGUGGUAUUAAUUUUGCUGGUAUUAAGUUUGGUGGUAUUAAUUUUGCUGGUAUUAAGUUUGGUGGUAUUAAGUUUGGUGGUAUUAAGUUUGGUGGUAUUAAGUUUGGUGGUAUUAAUUUUGCUGGUAUUAAGUUUGGUGGUAUUAAUUUUGCUGGUAUUAAGUUUGCUAGUAUUAAGUUUGCUGGUAUUAAGUUUGGUGGUAUUAAGUUUGGUGGUAUUAAGUUUGGUGGUAUUAAUUUUGCUGGUAUUAAGUUUGGUGGUAUUAAUUUUGCUGGUAUUAAGUUUGGUGGUAUUAAUUUUGCUGGUAUUAAGUUUGGUGGUAUUAAGUUUGGUGGAAUUAAGUUUGCUGGUAUUAAGUUUGGUGGUAUUAAGUUUGGUGGUAUUUUAGAUAACAACUACCCCUCUUUCACUUUUUAUUGUUGUUGCCGCUCCCUUGCAGCUGUUCGUCCCUGUCUCUAA